GAGAAUCGCACACGCCGUUCCUUUUCUUCCACAAUUUAUCUCCUUUCCUUUUCUGGGCGAAAUCAAACACAUAGCAAUGUAAUUACGCAGAUUUGAUUCCAUAACAACCACGAAUCCAACGAUUCGAUUAUUAUCGUUGAAUGGUUUAGGCGUAUCAAUGGCAGCCAAUUUAUAUCAAUCACAGCCAAAUUUCCAGCGUAUGAACGAAUUUUUCGUAAAACCAGAAGCGCCAGAUGAGAAAGGAGCAGCUGAAAUUGCCAUAGGAUUACUGCAUGCAAGAAGAAGGAUGACAAUAGACAAGGAUUUCACUUUGAUUCCAAAGUUACACGGCAUUGUACAUGUGAUUCCAAGGUUUUUCCUAAUUACAUCUGAGCUGAUUUCAUAUCCUUUAAUAAAUUUGAGAGUUGAAUGUGUAGAAGACUGACAUGUGACACUUUUUAAAACUUCAAUUUUUUGACACGUAAUGCUACAUCUGUCUUCGUUGUAUUUUUUACUCCUUUGCUGGCUUCGACUCAAACCUUUUUCUUUGCCAAAGGAAAGUAAACCACCCAGCCCUCUUUUACGCAUGACUCAUUCACACAAGGAAAUUUUCUGCACCUUUAUAGAAGAAAACUCUAAAAAUUAA